CGGAAUUUAUUUAACCAGACAACACGUAGAGAUAAAGGGUAACUGAAGAUUGCUUGUCGUCUCUCUCUCUCUGGGUUUUUGUACUUGAAGUGAGCUUCUUUUAUUGUUGUUUCUUAUCGACUUACAGACGUGCUCUGGUCCUGUGACAGAUCCUUUGACGGAUCUGUCCUCUCAGCUGUGUGGUGUAACGAGGAGAGGCAGCAAAGAUGCCGAAACCGAUCAACGUCCGUGUGACGACCAUGGAUGCGGAGCUUGAGUUUGCCAUCCAGCCCAACACUACAGGCAAACAGCUCUUUGACCAGGUGGUGAAGACUGUAGGACUACGGGAGGUGUGGUUCUUUGGUCUGCAGUAUGUGGACAGUAAGGGCUAUGCCACUUGGCUCAAACUUAAUAAAAAGGUGACUCAACAGGAUGUGAAGAAAGACAACCCAUUGCAGUUUAAGUUCAGAGCCAAAUUCUUCCCUGAAGAUGUCUCGGAGGAACUCAUCCAAGAGAUCACCCAGAGACUUUUCUUCCUGCAGGUGAAGGAAGCUAUCCUGAACGAUGAGAAUUAUUGUCCCCCAGAGACAGCUGUCCUACUUGCAUCCUAUGCUGUUCAAUCAAAGUAUGGCGACUACAGCAAAGAUCUCCACAAGCCUGGCUACCUAACACAUGACCGACUCCUGCCGCAGAGAGUCCUGGAGCAGCAUAAGCUAACCAAGGAACAGUGGGAGGACAGGAUACAGACUUGGCAUGAAGAGCACAAAGGAAUGCUCAGAGAGGAUUCAGUGAUGGAAUAUCUUAAAAUUGCUCAGGACUUGGAGAUGUACGGGGUCAACUAUUUUGAGAUUAAAAACAAGAAGGGCACACAGCUGUGGCUUGGUGUGGACGCCCUUGGCCUCAACAUUUAUGAGCAUGGGGACAAAUUAACGCCAAAGAUUGGAUUCCCUUGGAGCGAAAUUCGGAACAUCUCUUUCAAUGAUAAGAAGUUUGUGAUCAAACCCAUCGACAAGAAAGCACCCGACUUUGUGUUUUAUGCCCCGCGCCUACGUAUCAAUAAGCGAGUUUUGGCCUUGUGUAUGGGUAACCACGAGCUGUACAUGAGAAGGAGGAAGCCCGACACCAUCGAGGUGCAGCAGAUGAAGGCUCAGGCCAGAGAGGAGAAGCACCACAAGCAGAUGGAGCGGGCCCAGCUGGAGAAUGAGAAGAAGAAGCGAGAGCAUGCAGAGAAGGAGAAGGAGAGGAUAGAGCGAGAAAAAGAGGACCUCAUGGAGAGGCUGAGGCAGAUUGAAGAGCAGACGAUGAAAGCUCAGAAAGAGCUGGAGGAACAGACUCGCCGCGCCUUGGAGCUGGAACAGGAGAGGAAGCGAGCAAGGGAGGAAGCAGAACGACUGGAAAAGGAGAGGCAAGCAGCUGAGGAGGCCAAAGCAGAGCUGGCCAGACAGGCUGCAGACCAACAGAAGACCCAGGAACAACUGGCUGCUGAAUUGGCAGAGUUCACAGCAAAGAUCAGUCUUUUGGAAGAAUCCAAAAGAAAGAAAGAGGAUGAAGCCAUAGAAUGGCAGCAUAAGGCUAUUUCAGCCCAGGAGGACCUAGAGAAGACCAAGGAGAUGUUGAAGACUGCAGUGACGGCAGUGCCAAUCCCUCCGGGUGGCCAUGCUGAGAGCGAGCAUGACGAACAGGAUGAGAACCACGCAGAGGCCAGUGCCGAGCUCUCCAAUGAGGGCGUCAAUGACCUGGAUCUCCGCAGCGAGGAGGAACGUAUCACUGAAGCCCAGAAGAAUGAGCGGGUCAAGAAGCAGCUCCAGACAUUAAGUUCAGAGUUGGCUGAGGCCAGAGACGACACCAAGAAGACGACAAACGAUGUGCUGCACGCCGAGAAUGUGAAAGCAGGCCGAGAUAAGUACAAGACGCUGCGCCAGAUUCGGCAGGGCAACACCAAGCAACGCAUCGACGAGUUUGAGUCCAUGUGAGACCUGCACCGCUGUCCCUCUUCCCCCGUUUGCUCAGGAGUUCCUGAACUUUCCGCCCCAGCAGCUGCUAGCUUUUUAUGGACAACAGAUGCUGCCAUCCUUCCCACAGGUAAUCUGGAGAAAUCAUCUUGUUGAUCUUUGCCAAAGUUAUAUGCCCUACAGUUCUCUGAAUGUUUUGAUAAGGUGCUGCUUAAACGCCACUCUCAGCUAAUUCCUGCGAAGUUAACCUGAAGCCUCGGGGAAAAUCAUAACCCCAAAACCAAAAAGGAGUUGGAAUUUUUUUUUUUUAAGCAAACAUAAACAUGGCCAUAAGGGUUUUUCUUUUCCCUCCACAGUCUGUGCACGAUGCUUGUUUUCGCUUGUUAAAACGUUCCUGUUCAGUUGUGAAGCUUCUUUUCCUUUGCAUUUGUUUGGCGUUUCUGAUUGUUGAACUUUGUCUUAUUGACGCAGUAACAUCGGGACAGAAGUGACGAUUGGGGAUCAGGUCAGUUAGGUUGGUUAUGUCACUUGACGUUAUAGUGAUGUUUUUUCAUUUAGUACAAAAAUGCAUCAGGUGAUUAUAAUCGUACCAUCACUGAAUUCUGUCUCCUGCAGUAUUUUAUGGUUCUUUCCAGAUUAAAAGCAGCUUUUUUGCAUUUUCUUCAAAAUAUCAAGUAACCAUUUAAUUGAAAAGCAGCUCCUGAUGAGUGAAUGUUGUGAUUGUAACAAAGGGAAGAAAAGGAGAAAGUGUUUUGUUGUGUGCACAGCUGGUAGAGUGGUGUGUAAUGGGUGUAUGCGAAGUCUUCACAGAUGUAACGGCGUGCGUGCACGUUUACCAAUUGGAUCCAAGCCUUUGACGCUCAGGCGCCGUGGAUGGGUGUCUUAUGUUUUUCUACCUGCCAGCUCACGAAGGGAUCCCUGGGAUGAACGGCUGGACAGGCAGAGGCCUGUUCAUGUGUUCAGCUUUUGUGUGAACACUGAGGCUGCCUGGUGCCUUUCUGGCUGGGGACCGAGUCUGCCGUGUGGGACUUUCUGUCUACCUUAGUGGUGACUGACGGUCAAACGUGCCCUUGUCCUGUCAAACAGUAAAGUUGGGACUUUGAUUGCUGCUCAUGUUUUGAGAGCUCAGACAGAAUUUUUUUUUUUUUUUUUUUUGGUUCCAUUUGAAGCGUGUUUUUGGUCAUUUCCUGCUUCCAGCCUUGCAUAUGUUCUGGUUUGUUCUCCUUUUCUUUUUUUAAUAUUGUCCUUGAUACAUUUCAAAAUGUUGGGGGGGGGUGCAGAUGUUUUACUCACAUCAGAGGAAAUAUCACGUCUCUGAUCAGGGUUGUGGUUUUUUUUUGUUUUGUUUUUUUACUCAUUUGACAAACUAAACCAUUAUUUUAAUUGGCGUAUGGCGAGCCCACAUUUAUAAUUUCACCUGGAAAAGAAACUGACUAGACUGCGUUUUCCUGGGACUGAAAGAUUAAGAAAAAAAAAAAUCACAUAAGGGAUUUCAUUGUGGCGUGCGUGUGUUCACGCAGCGGGCGCUUGGGGAAGAAAAUCAAUUUAAUAAAGCCAGUUUGUUCCUCAUUAAUCUUUCUUUAAAGAGUUUGUGCUCAGACAAAUUGUGAGGAAUCUGCAUUUUGGAAUUCAGUGUUUUUUUUGUUUUUUUUUUUCCACACGAUGCUUGUAUUAUAUUUAAGUGAUACUGGACAGCUGGUGUUAGGUUUUUUUUUUUUGUGUGUGUACUUUUAAAAUGAAAGCAUUUGCAUUCAGACACUGAAGCCUUUCUUUUGCAUCUGUACCCCGUGUCUAUUAGCGUUGUUUGUUUGUCCCCCUGCGUCAGAUGAAUCGAUGUAUUUUGUGCUUCCGAUUCACUUUUUUUUUUUUGUGUGUGUGUGUUCAAACAAGUUAAGCAGCUUCAUCAGGACACCAUAACCCCACCAGUGGACAAAGUCCUCCUGUUGGUAAAAGUAUUUUUGUUCCAUCCUAUGAAGACUGUGCGAUUACAUCUGCUCCAAUAACCAGCUGUGACCCCCACCCGUUCAUAUUAAUAUUCUUUAAGAUGGAAAAGCACAGAUGGAUUAUAAUAAAUUUAAUUUGUUCAUAAAUAAAAGUUUUACAUUUUGAACAUU